AUGAGAGAUAUGGGCAGCAGUGCGUAUAUCGACAAAAACAAGAGGUCUCUCUUAGCGGAUAAGGUUGCUGUGACUGGAUACGGUGUCGUGGUUGAUCGGCAGUCAGUGCCUGGAGAUAAUCCUAAUGCCGAUCUGCGUGUCGUCUUAAGGCACACUGACUAUCACAGUGCAUUGAAGAGAAAGGUUGAGUUCAACACUAUCUAUUACGUACCCGGGAACAAGAUGUUAUCCGGUAUCCAGAAGUCAAUCGAGUUGCACCGCGAAUGUAUAAUCUUCGGUCAUAUGGGAGGGUAUAACACGACCGCAAAGGCAUGGGAGGUUCAUGGCAUUCUCUUAUCACUAACCGGUACCCCAGGACGUUUCAACACUCCGGCAAUGUUACCAACUUUGGGCCCCAGUGGGGCUUUGGAUAGUCGUCGACCGCAUUUGAUGAGGAUUGGUGGUUUUGUUAAAACUCAUAACAAUAGCCAAAAAUCGACUGCUAGCAUUGCCAGUAGCAGUACCUCGGGCGAUGGUGAAGUUCAUGGUUUCUCUGCAUCCAAUGUCUUUCCCCGUCCGUCGCCUUCAUCUUCCAAGAAGAUUGCUGAAGACCACCCCGAUCAUGCGGAAGAUGGUGAAGUCACGGAGAACAAAGAAGUCACAUUACCUGGCAAAAGGACUUCUGCCAUUGAUUCAAUUGGUCAACCACCGGAGUCAAACCAACGUGCCAAGAGGAGUGCCAGCGCUCUCUCUGAUGCACAAAAGAAAAUGAAAGGCCGUGCUUAG